UAAAUCGAUCAGCCUAAUAGCGUUCUCUGACUCAUUUAAUUACAUUUUUAUUUAACUAUGGCGAAAGCUACGACAAUUAAAGAAGCAAUAAAAAAAUGGGAAGAAAAAACUGGCCUACACGCCGCAACAGCCACAGAAGUGAAUUUAAUAUUUCAAUGGCCGCCAAUUGAAAAAAUGGAUAAUUCGUUAGCUUCUUUAGUUAAUUGCGAAAAACUCAGCUUAUCCACGAACAUGAUAGAAAAGGUAACGGGAUUGAAUAGCUUAAAAAAGCUCCGAAUUCUUUCACUUGGUCGAAAUUAUAUCAAAUCCUUCGCCGGUAUGGAAUCACUCGGAGACACCUUAGACGAGUUAUGGGUCUCUUACAAUCUAAUAGAGAAACUAAAGGGUGUUCACGUUUUGAGGAACCUGAGAGUGUUAUAUAUGAGCAACAAUUUGGUAAAAGAGUGGAGUGAAUUCAAUAAGCUACAGGACUUACCGAAUCUAGAUGACCUGCUGUUUGUCGGCAAUCCUCUAUACGACGCGUGUGAACUAGACACGUGGAGGUCUGAAGCCGCCCGACGUCUACCUAACUUGAAAAAACUAGACGGUGAAACAGUUCUAAGGGAGGACGACCCGCCUCUAACAGUCGCUAAUAUGCAGCCUGACAGUGGAGACGCUGUUGAGACCUUGGUCAGUGUAGAGCCAAACGAUUAAUGGGAGAUAUUAACUACAAGCACGUGCAUCGAUGAAAACGGCAUUUGAAUAAGUUAUUAUAGGCAAAAACUAGGCUUUUUGUUGUUUAUCUGAAGGCAACAUAAUAGAUUUAGUGAUACAUAGAUAGUUUAUGAUAAAAUGAAAAUAAUAAAAACGAUU